GUAUUCAUUUGAGGAUCGGAUCCUGUGCAUUUGUGGAUUUUGAAACAUUUCUAGCAUCAAGAGUGCACACAAAUCCACAAACACUUAGACUCCGCCGUUAGUCUACUCAAACCAAUCGGGUAACCGAUACAUUGCACUGAUCCAGUAAACUGAGUAUUUAUUUUUUUUUAACCAGUAAAGAGGUUGAAACUGAAACACUAACAUCCCCUCAUGAGCAGGAAAGGUGUGUAAAUGUCUAUAUGAGUUCCAAGUUACGUGAACAUGAUAUGAGCAAUGCAUGAGGAAAGCUAAACACAUACAGUGAUAGCUUAGUUGUGCCUCCCCUGGGCUAGCGACACCAAACUGAUAGUCUUGUGUUAGAAAAGUUUUAUAUUUGAUCGGUCUGGUAGUCCAACAGACAGUUUAGACAGUUUCGAACUAGGGGUUUUAAAAGGUUUUUUUUUUUUUGAAGGAAAAGAUGUUCUGAACAUCUUUUCCCUGGAAACAUCAUUUCCCUGGAAAUAUCCACGUGUAUUUCUGUCUUGUUUUUCGGCCAGUGUCACUGCAGAAACAGAAUGUUUUGUCUAAAAUAGGAAAAUAUAAUUGCGACAGCAGAUUUCUAAUGUCACCGGUUGCUCUGUGCAGUACAGACACGUUCAUGACCACGAAAAUAGAAACUGUGAAAACAGGAAAAACUGGCUGAUUUUAGGGUGGGGGAUUUAAGGCUCACUUGCGUCCUGCUAUUAAUACCUUGGUCCAACAUUUUAUUCUCAGUGUUGAUCUGUUUAUUAUUGUUGUUGUUGUCAUAAUUAUAACAACGAAUCACAAAGCCUAGUCCACAAAUAUCUCACUUAGCAAAUAAAACUGUGCUCUGCUCCAUAUUUAAAAUUUAAACCCGACUCACUGGUAGUGCAGUCAUCAGUUCCCUGUUUAUACCGAACAGGGAAUUCCAUAGAAAGCAUAACUCCUCCCCUUAAUUAGAAUAUGGAAACGCAUUCGUAGCCUAUUGGCUAAAUUUUUCCUCUCAGGGAGCGCUGAGAGCCAAAGCGGGGAGUAGUGUUGCCAGGUGUAUGCCUGUCAUGUAAUUGUGAGAAAUUUGAACUGCCGAAACGAAUGGUUUUUGAUUCAUUCCGAUAUAUGCUAUUAUAUUUAUGUUUGUUUUAUAUAAAACGCAGAACGAUACAACUUCAUUUUAGGACCCCUGUAAAGUUUAUGGCAAUUAGAUAUGUGUUUUAAUGCUGCAUGUCAAGUGCGCUUCUUUUGUCGUGAAUAUCUGGCAACCCUAGAGGCACUUACGCUUAAACUGAAGAGCGCAACUAAGAACAUCAUGUAAAUGACAUCUGGACAUCAUUUAAACCUUUCCAUCAAACAAUGCCCUUUGUCGGAGUUAAGGACAUGGGACGAGAUCUUUUACUAUUCUUGGCGCCGUUGCUCUGCUGUGUCUGUGAGGCUGAUGACUGGACCCAUGCUCAUGCUGAGGACAAGCUCUUUAAAAAACUCUUCAGUACCUACAAUAAGUGGUCCAGACCUGUGCAGAAUAUUACUGAUGUAGUAAUUGUCAAGUUUGGCCUCUCAAUUGCUCAGCUGAUUGAUGUGGAUGAGAAAAAUCAGAUGAUGACGACUAAUGUAUGGCUGAAGCAGGAAUGGAAUGAUUAUAAACUGCGUUGGAAGCCUUCAGAUUAUGACAAUGUAACAUCCAUCAGGGUGCCAUCAGAGCUGAUUUGGGUACCAGACAUUGUCCUGUAUAAUAAUGCAGAUGGUGAGUUUGCUGUGACUCACAUGACCAAAGCCCACCUGUUCUACACUGGGGAGGUGCGUUGGGUGCCUCCAGCCAUUUACAAGAGCUCAUGCAGCAUCGAUGUCACGUUCUUCCCCUUUGAUCAGCAAAACUGCAAAAUGAAGUUUGGCUCUUGGACAUAUGACAAAGCCAAAAUUGACCUGGAGUGCAUCGAGAAAACUGUGGACCUGAAGGAUUACUGGGAGAGUGGAGAGUGGGCCAUUGUGAAUGCUAUGGGUACAUACAACACCAAAAAAUAUGACUGCUGUCAUGAAAUCUACCCAGAUAUCACCUAUUUCUUCAUCAUCCGUCGCCUUCCCCUUUUCUAUACCAUCAACCUCAUCAUCCCCUGCCUACUCAUCUCCUGCCUGACUGUGCUGGUCUUCUACCUGCCCUCAGACUGUGGGGAGAAGAUCACACUAUGUAUAUCUGUCCUCCUUUCCCUGACUGUCUUCCUCCUGCUCAUCACUGAGAUCAUUCCGUCCACCUCUCUGGUCAUCCCACUCAUUGGAGAGUAUCUGCUCUUCACCAUGAUUUUCGUAACUCUCUCCAUCGUCAUCACUGUAUUUGUACUGAAUGUGCACCACCGCUCUCCUAGUACUCACAAGAUGCCAUGCUGGGUUCAGACUGUAUUCUUGGGCUUCAUUCCACGUUUUCUCUUUAUGAAGCGUCCAGAGCCUGGGCAGACACGGCACCAGCAACAAGAGAAGAGACAGGUUCUGAGUCAGUGCUCCAAUCUCAGCACCUCUAAAACCUGGCUGCAGCAGGAGACAGAUGUGGAUGUAGGUGUUCACUGGAAUAAGGAGGGCAAUGCGGCCACCUGUUCCUUCUCUCCUGCUACAUCUUUAAACUUGUCUGACUCUGAAGCCUCACUGAAAAAGUGUAACAUGCAACAGCAAGGACAAAGGAUAACCCUCAUUCAACGAUCUGUCAACCCGAGCCAUCUGGAGUCUGAGCCAAGACUGCCAUGCUCCCCAGGUCUACUACAGGCCUUGGAGGGAGUGCAAUACAUUGCUGAUUACUUGCAUGCCGAAGACACAGACUUCUCUGUCAAGGAGGACUGGAAAUAUGUAGCAAUGGUGAUUGACCGCAUCUUCCUCUGGAUGUUCGUCAUUGUAUGCCUGCUGGGGACAGUUGGCCUCUUCUUGCCUCCCUGGCUCUCGGGGAUGAUCUAGCUGCUUGCCAUGGGCUGAUAAUGACAUCAGGUCUCUGAGCAGUGUUCAACCUGUACAACCAGGCCAAGACCUGCCCUAGAGACAACUGCAUUUUUAAAAGGAUUGAACAGUAAUUUUUCAUGCUUUGGAUUUGGUUGUUACCUUCAAUGUGUUAAAAAGAAUUUUAAUAACCUUGACUUUGCAGACCUUUUCAGGAUUGAGGAUAUUUGGGUGCGAUGUCAGUGAUGUAAUGAGUGUGGGUCAGAGCAUAUCAGUUCAUUCAGGUAUUACCUGAGGUCACAUUCAAUUGUUGUAAUAGUUCAGAUCCUCUCAGCCGUGACUUCACCCAUCGCUCCUGUGCGAGCAGCACUCCUCACCUCUCAUUGAAUGAGCUGACAUUUCCUAAUAUAAUACUGUUUCCAAGCCCUGUCACUUCCACACGGAUACAAAGAACAACCUUCAACGUAAUAUGCAAAAUAAACCUUUAUGAAAGAGGCGAGGGAUAUGUGACCUGCUUAGGAGUAAUGCAGUUCAGUUUACACUGAAUGUCUGUAGUGUCUCUUUACCAUCAACAGCAAUCACCUGACAGAUCAAAAGGCAUUUUUCAUUCAUGGACACAGAUCUUUAAAGAGCCAUUGAAAAAUCUGUGUCGUGUUUGAUAUUUCUGAGUUGUGUAAUUAAAUUGCAGUCAUGGACCAUGUGGAAAAAGUGUUUUUAGUAAUGGAACUAUUCUAUCCUUGAGGAUAAAUCAUGUUAGGGCUGCCACUGUAAUUUAAUUAAGAACAUGCUUCCUGUGUGUUUUACUUUACAUAACUCAUUAUUCUGAAUUUGCACCUGUCUUUCCUCCCCUACUCAAUCAGACUGUAAUGGCAUUUAAACAUUCUGUGUAUAAAUAUAUUGUCAACAACAAUAAACAUUAUAACGUCCUUUUAUUGUCCUUUUAUUUAUAAAGCCUAAAUUGACAGAUUUAUUUGAGCUGGUACUGUUUCAUUGACUAAUGCUCCCUCUGCUGGU